AUGAUCUUCACCGAUCCGCAGUAUCCCGCCGCGGUAGUGAACCCAGUGUAUCAAGCAAACCAAGCGAACCAGCAGCAGCAACAGCCAGGAUUCUCAAGUACACCACGCCCAUAUGGAGGACCAUCUGAGAUACCUCAGCCGCCAGUGGUGCCCCAGGGAUGGUUGGCAUACUGGGAUCAGGGACAGCAGAAGUACUAUUUCCAUAAUACAGAAACGGGAGUGGUAUCGUGGGACCAUCCCCAGCCAAACCAAGCGCUCCCAACGCCCCCAGCAAGCUCAAUUGGCAUGUACUCCCAACAGCAGCAACAGCAGCCCAUAUAUGGCCAGCGCGGAAUCAUAGUACCCGCAAUGAGCCCACAUAACCAAUAUCAGCAACCACAGCAACAGCACCAGCAGCAGCCCCAAAAUCAGAACCAGCAACAAUGGUCCCAACAACAUCAGAGACAAAUGAGCCAAACUCCCGCCCACAAACACCAGUAUGCGCAGCAGCAGCAGCCCACAUACGACCCCAUUCACACUCCCGUCUCACCUCUCAGCACGCAUCGUAGACCCAUAAGUCUCCGUUCCGCAACAGCCACACCGCACCCGUUCGGAUUCGCUGAAGUCGCCGGCAGCGAGGUCCCACCGCAGGCUGCUGCUACCCCACAGCAACAACCAAGGUUCGAAACUGGGCUAAUGCUUUCCUCCGAGCGCGAAGAUGAGCCCCCAAAGCUCUCAGCAAAAUUCACAGGCUUCACAGACGAAGACAGGAUGUUUACAGACAUCACUGUCUCCAGCGGCAUAAGCGCACCCCCCGCGUCUCAAUCCCACGAGACGCCGAAUGCCCGAGUACCCACUCUGUCGCCGCCGCCGCAAUUGACGGCAACCUCCCAGGUCCAGAAUGUACAGCACCCUAUGCCACAGGUACCACCAGGGCCGAAGAAUGUGCCGUUUUUGCAGCAUGCUAGGAGCCCGAGCCAGUCUUCGGUGAUGUCGGCUGCUUCGAUGACGCAGACGCCGCUGGAGUACGGCGGUAUGAGGUCUGCUACGCCGGGUGCUGGGUAUCAAGCUCAGUCUGCUAGUUAUGGCAAUCUGAACGUUAUCAAGCCGAGGAAGGCUGUUCCACAGAGUGCAAGUGCGGGCCCUACUUAUCUUAGCCAGACUCCACAUCCGGGGAAUAUGAAUGCACAGCAGCAGCAUAAUUCGGUCCAACAGCAGCAUCCGGUUCAGCAGCAGCAUCCCGUUCAACAGCAGCAUCCAGUUCAGCAGCAGUAUCAGGUGCAGCAAAACCAAAUACAGCAACAGCCUGUCCCGCAGUACCAGAAUCAGCAACAACAGGCGCCGCAGCAACAGGUGUAUCAGCAACAGGUACCUCAACAACAGGUACCUCAGCAGCAAGCACAGCAACAACAUACCCUCCAAAACAGGCAAUCCAUGCCCGUAUUCACGAAUCAGCAGACUACCAAUCCACUCCCAAGAUCAUCCACUCACCUUCAAUACCGGCCGUUAACCCUCGAAUCCACAAUUAAUCCCCAUAAAACAGUGACAACAACUAGAUCAACUCAUUCAACCUCGAUUCUGCGACCUCGAAAAGCACCAAAGCAGGACACAGUUUCUGCUGGUGCUUUGAAGGCUGCAGAGGGUUUCAGUACUAUGGCGAAGGCUAGCGCUCUAGCUGCCAGGAAGGCUCUUGAGGAGAAAGGCAACUUCUUUAUUCCAAAGGUAAAGAAGAAGCCUGCUCCGACCAAAGUUCAACAACAACCUCAACCUCAACCUCAACCUCAACCUCAACCUCAACCUCAACCUCAACCUCAACUUCAACCACAGCCACAGCCACAGCCACAGCCACAGUUUCAGUAUGAGACUCAGCCGGCUCCAGUUCAGCAAGCCCCAAUUCAGCAAGCUCAACAAGCCCCAGCGCAGCUGCAGUCUUCCGGAAUGAUGGGUAGCGGUACAAGAGUCAUGGUACGAGGUAGAGGUCCCACGGUGAUGGCUGCAAGAGGUCGCGGCAUUGCCACUAGAGGAGCCAUUGCAGUGACUACAAGAGGUGGUAGCACGGUUGGUAGAGCGGGCAGCGGCAUAGUAGCAGUAAGGGGCGGCGCCACAGCCACAGCAAGAGGUGGUAUAGUCGUUGGAAGAGGGGGCACUAGAGGAGUUGUUGCGUCCAGAGGAAGAGGCGCUGCUGAUGGCGGACAAGCGAGAGGUGGCUUGAGCGCGCCAAUGGCAGCAGGUGUUAUGGGGGCUGCCCGAGUUAUAGCUAGUAUGGACCCUAGCGGCGUUAGUACAGGAAUCCUAAUGGUCGCCGGUCCAACCGCAGGAAAAAUGCUUAGAGGUGGUAGUCUAGGAGGGCGGGGAGGACCAUCCCGAGGAGCAACUGCGGGAAGAGGUAGACCGGUCCGAGGGGUAGCUGUCGGGAGGGGAAGAGGUAGAGGUAGAGGUAGAGGUGUCCCGGUAGUGGGUGAGAGAGGAAUCCCAACCUUCGUCAGUGGAGAGAACCCAUUACCACAACAGCCAAUGAUUAAUUCACAAGAUUAUCAACCACAACAGGGGCUGAACACACAUGAUUACCAGCACCCACAACCGGCAUUUAAUGCACAACAAGACCACACGGAGAAUAUGUACGCUGAUGUCGGCGGUAUUCCUCCAGCAAAUCAGGGUCCCAGUACUCAUCAGCAGCAACUGGAAAGCCUGCAUGCUGAUUUUGGCGGCGUUCUGCCUCCAGUAAAUCAGGGCGAGGGUGCACAUCAGCAGCAGAUGGAAGGCUUGCACGCCGAUUUUGGUGGGGUCCCACCACCGGCACAGACUACGAUAGUUGUAGGUAGGGGUAGAGCAAUGGUAAGAGGCGGAAUGAGUUUAGGUGCUGGAAGAGGAGUAGUAGCGGGAAGAGGAAGAGGCAUAGCACAGGAUUCUGCAGGUCAAAUACCUGCUGGUCGUGGUGUAGGUCACGCUCCUAUUGGGCAUGGACCAAGCCCUGCGCAUCCAGCUGGCCGUGGAGCAACUCAUGCUACCCCGAUGGGACGUGGAACAGGGCAAAGCCCUACUCCAUAUGCACAACCUCUUAAUGCACAUGGUCCAAGCCCCGUUCAAGCGGCUGGACGUGGAAAACCUCCGGCACCACAAGGACAAACUCCAACGCCUUCUAUGGGGCGUGGAACUGGACAGUAUCCAUCAGCAUCAACACCUGCACCUGGCGUAAGUCCACUCAAUCCGGCUGGAUUGCCACAGGCCUCAGAGCAUGGCCCAACAGGACGUGGGAAUGGUAAACCCCCCAUGACACAAAGCUUAAGUCCUCAAUCUGCUGGGCGUGGGGUAGGUCCUAUGCAACCUCUUGGUCGUGGAGCUGGAACCUCAUCUAUGGGUCGUGGAUCUGGCCUGCCUAACAUGCCUAGUCUUCCUACUGGGCUACUUAAUUCCUCUCCCAUGGGACCGGGAGCUGGCCGUGGGGUGCCUUUGCAAACCCAACAAACUGGGUCACAGCAGCAAGUUCUGCCGCAGAAUCAAGGGCUUGCACAGCAGCAAGCGCUCUUGCAGAACCAACAGCUCACACAGCAGCAGCAGAUUCAACAGCAGCAAAUUCAGCAGCAGCAACAGCAACUCGCACAGCAACAGAUGCAACAGCAAAUGCAGCAGCAAAGUAUCCAGCAGCAGCAACAGUUCCUGCAACAACAACAAUCUCAGAUGCGGCGCCAGAAUAUGAUGCAGAGCGCUGGUCUUGCUGCCCAACGGAUAAUGAUGGGCCGGGGUCAGCAGAACCAGCAAAACCAGCAGCAGAACCAGCAGCAACAACAGCAGCAAAGUAUGAUGCAGCAGAGUAUGAUGCAAAGUGCGCAGAGGAUGAUUAUGCAACAGAAUCAGCAAGAAAGGCAGCAGCAGCAACAAGAGCAGCAGCAACAGCAGCAACAACAGCAGCAGCAACAGCAGCAAGAACAGCAGCAGCAACAGCAGCAGGAGGAACAAGCGCAGCAGGGACAGGGACAGGACCCACAACAAGAUCCACAACAAGAUCCACAACAAGAUCCACAACAAGAUCCACAACAAGAUCCACAACAAGAUCCACAGCAGCAAGAUCCGCAGCAGGACCCGCAACAAGACCCCCAACAAGAUCCACCACAGGAUCAAGCCCAAGACCCCCAGCAAGGUCAGGAGGGAGAAAUAGCACAAGAUGAUGGCACGUAUGCCGAGGAAGGUACGGGAGAGGAUCCGUAUGCAGCAGAGCAAGAGCCUGCCGUAGAAGAAGAGGCCGUCGUGCAAGAGGAGGUUGUCGUAGAGACUACCUACACCGAAGUAACCUACACGGAAACGGCGUAUGCCGACCAGGGCACUGCACAAGACCAAACCUACGCCGAAGACCCCACGGCAUAUCAAGAUCCCACUACAACGGAUGGCCAGUAUUAUGAAGACCCGGCAGCUGCCGGAACAACAGAUGCAGGAUAUCAAGACCCAGUGGCAGCAGAGGGCCAGUACUAUGAAGAUCCUGCGGCUACCGAAACAACUGGUGCGGGAUAUGAAGACCAAGGUGCAUACCAGGAUACUGCCGCGUAUGAAGAUACUACAACAUAUCAGGAAACAGCAAUAUAUGAGGAUACUACAGUAUAUGAAGACCCAUCAACAUGUCAGAACAAUGCUACGUAUGAGGAAACCACAACGUACCAGGACACUACAGUAUACGAGGAUCCUAAUGCUGGUUAUGAAGACCCCAACGCUGGUUACCAAGAUCCCAACGCUGGUUACGAGGACCCUAACGCUGGCUAUGAGUACCCUAAUGCUGGUUAUGAGGAUCCCAACGCUGGUUAUGAAAACUCUGCUGCUUAUGAAGAUCCGAAUGCAGGUGCGGGCACAGAAUAUGCCGCAUACGAGGACCCCAAUGCGGGUGCUGACUACAAUACCGGCUACGAAGAUCCGAAUGCUGGAGCGGAUUACACUACAGGUUAUGAGGAUCCGAAUGCCGGAUAUGCUGAAGGGGGAUAUACGGGUGGAGAGGAAUGUGGCGUUGAGGGUGGAUACGUAGAGGAAGGGUAUGCUGGUGAAGAAUAUGCUGGCGAAGAGUAUGUUGGUGGCGAAGAGUAUUCUGGUGGUGACUGUGGUGCAGACCAAGGCUAUGCAGAGGAAGGAUACACUGGUGAGGAAUACGCUGCUGAUGAUGGUACUGGUGGUGAGUGCGGAGGCGAAGAAUAUGGUGCUGACACUGGGGGCUAUGAAGAGUACGGCGCUGAUACAGGCGGAUAUGAGGACUAUGGUGGUGACUGUGGAGGUGGAGAGGAUUUAAUGGGCGGGGCUGACGCUGGAGCGUAUUAUGAAGAGCCCACAUAUAUGGCGGACGCUGAUUACUCUGCGGACAUGAUGGCAUCGGUUUAA